UUUCCUUUGAGAAAUAAUUAGACAAAAGCAUUUUGGGUUUUUAAGACUCGCUCUUUUCAUUUUCAGAAGUCGAGAAGGCUGCAUCCAGCGAUGUUUUUCACUACAUCCGUGGUUUUGCUCGUCCUUCUUGUACCAUUUUGCAGCGGCAACUUCCACACGAGAAGAAUAUCUUCAGAAACAGCGCUGUUAAAGUUGGUUUGUUCACGUCAACCAAUCGUCGCCCUCGUUGGGGAUGAUGUCAUUCUACCAUGUCGCCUUGAUCCGGUCGUCAGUGCUGAUUCCAUGACGGUGGUGUGGACCAGACCUGGUUUGGACCCAAAGUACAUCCACGUUCACCAAGAUGGACAACUGUUGAACAGGAGUCAAAAUCUGUCUUAUUAUUUCCGCACAAGAGUUUUUGUGGAUGAGCUGACGUAUGGAAAUGUCUCCGUGAGCAUCUUCAAAGCCAGAGUUUCUGAUGAAGGCCAGUACUGGUGUUCCAUUCCCUCCAUACAGAAGGAAGCUUCCGUCCAGCUCAUUGUUGGUUCAGUCUCGGCACCGGUCGUAGAGGUCACUUCGAGUAACAGAGGAAAGAUGGUGCUGCAGUGUGAGUCUGCAGGCUGGUUUACUGUCACGAUUGAACAAACCCCGACUCAAAUACAUUCAGAGACGUGGUCGUAA